GCAAAUAGAAGCUCGUUCAGUUCAGUGAUUUUGUCAUUUGUUGCUUUCGUGAUCUUAUCCCCAUGUAAAUGAUGAAGAGAGGUGCAGAAAGAACACACCCUUGCCUUACCCCAGACCUGAUGGGGAACCCGUCCGAUAGUCCUUCUGUUGAUCUUACGGCACCAUGAUGUUCUCCAGCAAUUGUCCUGUUACACCAUAUUCCUCUAAGACUUCCCAAAGUUGACGUCUAUUUACCGGUGGAACGCCUAUUCCUGGUCCACAAAGAUGGUGUCGAGGUCUUUGUCAUGUGCAAUGGCAGUCUCACUCAACUGUCUCAAUACAAAAAUAGCAUCAGUACAGUCCCUGCCUUUUCUGAAGCCAAAUAGGGCUUCACUGAGUUGAGUCCCUACAAUUGGUCUCAUUCUCGUUUCCAGUAUCUUUUUUUGGCAUAUAGUGUCAAUGACGUCUCUUAAUGUAAAGCUGGAUAAAAGACUGACAUCCUAAUGUUAAUUAUAAUUCAGUUUUUGGAAGUCUAGGAAGCAAAACAAUGGUUGCAUAUCUCAAAGGGAGGGCUGAAAGAGAAGCCGGUAAACUUCACAUUUUAUACACUCGAGUACUUUCACAGGCAAUGAACAUGAUCCGAGUCAAAGGAUCCUGACAGCUUAAAGUACAAGUGUUGGAUUGGGAGAUUCAUUUUUCCACUGUUGAAUCGUACAAAACUGAAAGGAAAAGAAAAUCUGAAGAGCCAAGAUAAUGGUAAAAAUUUGUUUAUGAUGUCCUGUCAAAAUGUUUUGGAGCAGAGAAAAUGACAACAAAUACAGUCUCAAGGCCCAGGCUACAAGAUACAGAGCUCCAGAUGAAGAGUCCAGAUGUGCCAGCUAGAGCGCAUGACUCGGGUGAACUCCAACAAGUACCAUCCCCUUACAAAGUCAACGCGGCCAAGCUUGCUGUCAUUUUAGAGUCCAUAGUGAAUGAGAAUUGUUUGCAAAGUUAUGAAAAACUUUUGGAAGCUAGCUCUAAAUCUGUGAAAUCAAAAGAAGACCAGAAUGAUAGCAAAAGAUGUCAUGAUAUUGAUACAAUGUUUGAUAUGAAAUUUUUCAAAGUGAAAGUGCCUCACGCUGUGGUUUAUCAUCAGCGGGUUGAUGUACCAAGGAGCAUUGGAGACAUACCAUGGGGGUCUCUGAAGGAAGAAAAAUGCAGGCUUUACACUUUUAGCAAAUAUCCUUUGAAUGCUUCUCAAUCAGCCAUUCUCUUGGCUCAAGAUGGUUUUGCGUACUGUGGUAGUGGCGCCACAUCAGAUGACUCUGUGAUUUGUUACUUCUGCUCUGCAAGUCACAAGGGCUGGCUCGUCACAGAUAAGAUCCAUGAUGUCCAUGCCAGGUUGUCUCCAGAUUGCCCAAUGAUCUCUCAUGUAAACUGCAACAAUGUCCCUAUGCCGGUGCUUCAAAAUGGACAUGCUCUGUUUGACCAGUUGCAGAGCAAGGAUGAAAAGUCUGUUUACAGUGAGCCACCAAAAAGUUCUGGGAACACAGAAGAAAUACGAACUGACAGUUCCUUAGAAGUAGAUCAGCCGGAAUCUGAGAGGCGCCAUGUGCGUGGCAGCCAUAGCCAUGUAAGUCAGUAUCAGAAUACAGAGGCCCGUGCUCCAGCUCCAGUGCCUAAAGCUACUCAAAUAGCAACCAGAUCUUUGAUGAACCAAGGUCAUUCGAAGAGCAAUAUGUCGGCUCAGUCAUCUGGGAAUAGAAGAGAGUCCAACACUGUAACUGCAUAUCAAGUUUCCAAUGCCAAUGCCAGCUUCAAUGUGAUUACUUCCAGCAAUGUGGUAUCAAGCUCUGGACCUGUCAGUUCUGUUGCAGCUGAUGCUGAGUCUGGAGCCCAAGCAGCUUCCAGGUCUGAGACGAAUGGGACACCUCAGACAACAGCAGCAGCAGCAGCAGGUGGCAACACAUCACAAGCAACUGCCGCGACAACAGCAACAUCAUCAGCUUCUCGAGGGACCUGGGUGGAGGACAGCUCUGGUUCAUCUACAUCAAACUCCAGAACACCCAGCAGUCAACCGUCCUCAACACCCUCUGAUACAACUGCUGGUGGAGAAGGACAGUCUACUACAACUGAGCAGCAGGGGCAAACUAGACCAUCAGCACCGCAGUCUAAUGACUCCACUGGCAGUACUACCCAGCAGCAGGGAGCAGGCCCUUCCUACCAACAGUUAGGCAUCAUUACAGAGAGACCCAAGAGGUACGAGUAUGCCCUCAAAGUAGCACGUUUGAAAAGUUUUGAGUCCUGGCCAAGUGGACAUCACCUGACCAGAGAAGAGCUUGCCGAUGCAGGAUUUUACUAUGCAGGCUAUGAUGAUUGUGCAAGGUGUUAUUACUGUGGUGGGGGUCUACGAAACUGGGAAGUGAAUAAUGACGUCUGGGUGGAACACGCGAGAUGGUUUCCAGACUGCUACUUUCUCCGACAGAUGAAAGGUCAAGCUUUUAUUAAUGUUGUGAGAAGGCUGAGUAAUGACAAUACCAGCCAGGAUGAGGUUGCCUAUGACGAUGUGGUGAGAGAGAUGGAUGGCACAGCAACUGGUCAAACUCUAGGCUACUUGUACACUCCAGGGACAAGAGGAGACCCCUUGAAGUGGGAUGCUGCUGUACUGGCAGUUACUGAGAUGGGUUUCCAGAAAAGUGAUGCCAUUAAGGCUGCAAAGGAUCUCAAAAGUGAAGGUGAAUCCAUGUCUGCGGACAAACUGUUUAAAAGGUUGGUGGAGACGAAGAAACCACGGAGUCAAACAGAGUUGGAUCCUUGCGAAAGUGUCAGCAGUGAACAUAGCGACAGUAGAGUUAGGGAGACGAUUAGCUCCCUGAAAGAACAAAACAGCCAGCUUCGCCAGCAAACUGUCUGCAAAAUCUGUAUGGACAUGGAAGUUUCUGUCGUUUUCUUUCCCUGUGGUCACUUGGUCAGCUGUUCUGAGUGUUCUCUGGCCUUGACAACUUGUCCUGUAUGCCACAUAGAUAUUUGGGCAUUCAAACAAGCGUUCUUCUUCCUUCAAAACUUGUGACGCUGUUCUGAGUGUGCGUCAGCCUUGGAAAGUUGUCCUGUGUGCCGACAGAGUGUGCGAGGAAUUGUGCGAGCUUUCAUUGGUUGAAAGUUGUAAAG